UUUGUGUAUGUUUUCCAAGUUUCCCUAUCCUAUCUUUAUGUAGGACAUUGGAGGGUAUCAUUUACAUAACUGCUGAAAUUUUGGUGAGAUUGGGAUAGGAGGUACAUACAGGCGGCUUUCUCAUAGGCAGAAGGGAUGCCCAACUGCCCAGCUGUGUUAAAUAGGGACCAGUGCUACUAGGCAGCCAUCCCUGUUCCCAUGGCAUGACUGUCCCCAGCUGUGACACCCUGCCUGCCUUGGUUUAUGAUGCUCUCACUGAUGUCAUUCAGAGUGCUUGUAUCAAGAGAGAUGGGAGAGAGAAAAGCCUACCCCUCUCCUCUCCUCUUCAUCACUGCACCCAAUAAUAGGUUAGGUGUUGCAACUGGGGACAGCCACAAUAAGGGAGGAUGACAAUAGGAGACUGAUAUCCUGUGUCCCUGUGCUGUCUGAGCCUGGGGAAUACAGGAUUACAAUCAAGAUAACUCUAGUUAGGAACCAGGCCAGGUGUCUUGAUGUCAUGAAGUCAGAGGAAAGCCCAAAGCCUUGGUCACAAUUCCAGCUUUCACCUGAAUUCAACCUGGACAAGAUGGAUGCAGCAUUUAGCCUUCACGGGGCUGAAUCAAAUGCAAUGAGAUCCCCCAGUGUGCCGGCUGCAACCAGCAUAUUCUGGAUAAAUUCAUCCUGAAAGUCCUCGACCGGCACUGGCACGGCUCUUGCCUCAAGUGUGCAGAUUGCCAAAUGCAGCUGGCAGACCGCUGCUUCUCCAGAGCUGGGAGCGUCUAUUGCAAGGAAGACUUCUUCAAGCGUUUUGGGACAAAAUGCACAGCAUGCCAACAAGGAAUCCCCCCAACACAGGUGGUCAGGAAAGCCCAGGACUUUGUCUAUCACCUGCACUGCUUUGCCUGCAUCAUCUGCAACCGCCAGCUGGCCACCGGCGACGAGUUCUACCUCAUGGAAGAUGGGCGUCUGGUGUGCAAGGAGGACUAUGAGACAGCCAAGCAGAACGAUGAUUCAGAAGCUGGAGCUAAGAGGCCCCGAACCACAAUCACAGCCAAACAGUUGGAAACAUUGAAAAAUGCUUAUAAAAACUCCCCCAAACCUGCCCGGCAUGUGCGGGAACAGCUGUCUUCUGAGACUGGAUUAGACAUGCGGGUUGUGCAGGUCUGGUUUCAAAACAGAAGGGCCAAAGAGAAACGGUUGAAGAAAGAUGCUGGGCGGCACCGCUGGGGUCAAUUCUACAAGAGCGUAAAGAGGAAUCGAGGAGGCAGCAAACACGAAAAAGAGAGCUCUGCGGAAGACUGUGGUGUCAGUGACAGUGAGCUGAGCUUCAGAGAAGACCAAAUCCUUUCAGAGCUUGGCCACAACAACCGAAUUUAUAGCAAUGCUGGCGAUGUGGCUGGUGGACAACUAAUGAAUGGUACUUUCUCCAUGGACGGGACAGGACAAUCCUAUCAGGACUUGAGGGAUGGAAGCCCUUAUGGAAUCCCGCAGUCUCCAGCCUCAAUAUCAUCUCUUCCCUCACACACUCCGUUGCUAAAUGGUCUGGAUUACACGAUGGACAAUAAUUUAGGAAUAAUAGCACAUGGAGGGCAGGGGGUGAGCCAGACACUCAGAGCUAUGGCUGGCGGCCCAACCUCUGAUAUUUCUACUGGAAGCAGUGUUGGUUAUCCAGACUUUCCCACAAGCCCUGCCUCUUGGCUUGAUGAAAUGGAUCAUCCUCCUUUUUAAAACGUCUCAUUACUUGCCAUAUUCCCACUUGCUUUUUUGGCCUGAAAGCAUUUUAGCAACCUAGUGAGGGACAGCUAUCAAACUUCAAGGAUCACAGAUGUGCCAUCCCAAGAAAAUUUCCAUUCAUUUUGAAUGGGAAUUUGCUAUUUGUUUCCUGUAGAGCUGAAAGAAAACAUGGUAUUAAUAUAUAUCUAUAUAUAAACACACUUUUGCUUUCUGUUCGAAAGAGUGGGACAGUAGGAGGAGCUGCUUCUAAAUACAGCACAUUGAUGUGUAAAGUAUUUGUCUGACUUUGGGGCGGGGAAAGCGGCAGCGGUAGCAAAUGGAAGUGCAUUGACUCUUUCCAUAGACUUUUGCUGUUGUGUGUGACACUAGCACAUACUGAAAUGAUUAGGCAGAUAUUGGCCACAUCAGCUCUCAUGAGGCAUGCCAUUGUCCUUCACAAGCUCAACUUUGGCAACGGAAAUAUGGAAAUGCAAUUCUUCUGAAGUGAGGCCUCCCAGACUAACUACUAAAGGGACAGAACAUUAUUGGAAGUUUACCGUCUCACCUUUACCACUUCCCAUUCUCAUAUUUACUUGGAAAUGACAUGAAGAGAUAACUCUUUGCCUUACUCAGGAGUAAUGGUAGGCAGCCACAGGUGCCACUCUUUUACUUAUAUUUCAGCCUUCAAACAUCUGUUCUUCUUUCUCAACCGAAUCAUGGGGUGGUGGUUAUGCUUGCUGCCGCCGCCUUCCAUUCCUUUCCCUUCCAUAGGCUUUCUCAAUCUUCUGCUGCUAAGCAGAUGCAUUAUUAUCCCAUUGAAGUCCAUCCCUCUCACAGGCAGUAACUUCUGCCAGUAUUGUUUCUAUUGGGGGAGUUAUAAUUAGCAUUAGCUGGUGCUAGGUAGUGGAUAAGAUGAAAAAAUAAUCAUGCACAGUUUAGUGUAUCCUAUGCCAUGAUCAUCUUAGUUAAAUCAAGAGGGGUGGGACAGCAACACCAUGGCAGCAGAGAUAUCUGUGAUCUUUGAUUCCAGAAAGAGCAGAUGUGUUUCCCGAAGGACCCUCUCCUGUCAUGAAACUUACAAUCCACCCUUUCUGUUACUGAACUUGCAGUAGUCUGCCUUGUUUUGGGCAGGAUGACAUAAAGCCCACAGCAAGUGAGCAUUUGAAAUUGUUGCAGUGUUCCCAGAUCCUAGCUCAUGGUCCCGGGGCUCUGUAGGUAAGUCAAGCACAAGGCAUAUUUCUUCUUCUCAAAAAGGAAAGGAGUAUUAGUCUAUAUGAAAUGGGUUUGCAUAAAGAUAUAUUGCCAGUGCUCUUCACUGUGUGAAGUUUAAGACAGUGCUCUAUACUUCCCCACUAUUUCAGCCCAUAUGAUAAUAUGGCACCAUUCUAAGCAAAGCGGACGAUUAUAAUGUCAUCAUUACUAUGCUGCUGCACAAGACUUUGCUCUCAACCUGUGUGUUUCCUCCCACCAGCUUUGGAGGAGAGAGGGAUGCAACAGUAAUCUGAUGAAGCUUCUUUAGGAGAUUAAAAAAUGUUCAAAGGUCACUUGCUAAUGAAAUAUUUCUAAGGUAGGUAAAAAUAUAAAAGACAAACGGAAGAAAAAGAUCAUGACAAUCAUGUGAAGCAAAACAUUAGCCAGAAGGCAGAGGUGUCAAGGGUUUUCAGAGCUAAUUCAAGAUUAGGAAUAUUAAACUUUUUACCGAGGCACCUAUGUGAAUGGCAUUUCAUAUUUGUUAGGGAUUCAUCCACACUGUAACCCUUGUCUCCUAGAUAUUGUUCUUCAGGCUAUAAUAAUAAUAAUAAUAAUAAAACUUUAUUUAUAACCCGCCACCAUCUCCCCGAUGGGGACUCGGGGCGGCUAACUUUCCUCCACUAAUUGCAAUUGGAGAACACGUGGCCUGCCAAAUGUUGUAGGACUACAAACCCCAUCCACCAUAGGCAGCAUAUCCAGAGUUGAGAAAUGAUGGGUGGUGUGUCAUGACACAGAGUUUCCAGCUUUGGCUCAAAGGGGCUACAAACAUAUUUGAAUCCUGAUAUUUUUUUAAAAAGAGACUGAUAUUGUUUAUGAAUUGUCAGAAAAAAAUAGGAUCAUUUUUUUUAUAAGCCACAGAUUUAAAUACCCAAACAAUUGCUACUAUAUAGCAAACCAGGUCUUUCUCCUCACCCCCUGCAGCUCUUACCAUAUGGCUCCAGAGAGUUUCCUAGCCUUCUAGAACAAGGAAGUGUUGCAGUGGGGAGGAGAAUUCUGCUGAUGGAAAUGAUUUAGUGCCAUGCUUGAUUCUGAUAUUCUACAUUUACCAAGAAGGAACUUCAUAUCCCUGUACUGUAACUAUUGAACCCUUGCAAAAAAAGGCUCACAUUCCUCCAAACAGGCACCUUCUUCAUCAAGAUUUAAGAUAAUUUUUUCAUUUCCCCCUUCCAAUUCAUUUUUAAAAAAGUAUUAAAACAAUACAAAUAAUUGAGAACCAGGUGGUGAUAUCAAGCUAUAGCUCUGGAGAAUUCACACUAAAAGAAAUGAUUGGCUUUGCUGCUUGUGCUGUAGUUCAACCAACUUUAUCAAUGAAUGUAUCCACAUUUCCAAAAGCUUACCUUUAAGAUUCUAGAAUUGUAUGAGUGUUUAAAGCAUUGAGGGAUGCAGUUUUAUCACUGCAAAAUGAUUUUUACCUUUCAAGAAAGAACAUAAUCAUUUAUCAUGAGCACUCUGCUGAGAUCAAUCUAUUAUUACCCAUGUUGGAAUCACAGAUUGAAGGAAUAAUAUUCUUUCCCACCACCAAACAAGUCAAUCUGAAAGAGGUGCUACAGAAAAAAAUGAUGGUUCCAGAUGAACUGUUUUUGUUAAACAUAGUCUUUCCUGUCUUGAUCUCUCGACCAUCUUGACUUACCAGACAUCAGCCACUGCAAACAAUGGAGCCCUGUCUGUCUGUCAGUUAGGAUACAGCUGACUGAUAUUUCAGCUUGCCCUCUAAGUGAUUGCUCAUAGUAGAGGAGUAGGAAUAUCACUCUGCUAUGACCUAAUCAACAGAACAGAACUUUGUCACUCGCAUAGGCUAAGUGGUCACAAUCGUGAUUGUGAAUUCCAGAGUCAUUGUUGAUUGUGUUGGAUGUACUUUACAAUAGAAAUACGGGGUAAUACCCAAAGAAAAUUGAAACGUUUCGUAGAUUUAUUAACUUAAGGACCAUUAAUAUAGCAGCAGCAGCAAAUAGGAAUUUCCCGCAUUCUAGUGCAGUGCAUCUGAAUGGAACCUGCACCUAAAAUUGCAGUGUUAUAAUUUUCAGUUUCCAUAGUGAAUAGAUAUUAUAAUCUACAACAAAUGAGAAGCAAGGGAUUUGUUGGGAGUAAAAGGUAGAGAGUCUAGCUUUGCAAGAACAAAUAAUGUCAUUCUCUUUCCCCACAAGUCACCAUUCAGUAGGGUGCCCUCUUCCUCUGUGAAGGAUUGUCAAGGGGAUGGAGAGGCUAUUUGGGGAAGAAGGCGGAAGUCAGCAUUCAACAGCCAGUGGUGCACACCUGAAUCUGGAGUUAUUCACUAGUUUUUGUUUCAUGAUAACAAGGUCUUGUUAGCAACAUCAGAGAGGCGUUGUGGGGAAUGUCCACAGCAAAGGUCAAUGAGUAAGUCUACAUGUAGAUGAGGAUACCCAGCUGUCUCUGGUCCAUUUUUGUUUCGUCUUCCAACUGAAAGUAUCUGCAUAGUACCCCAUAAUCAGAUAAAGACAGCAAUCCAUACUAGAAUUAAGGGGAGGGGAGUGUUAAAAUCUUUGUACUGGAUGCAGUAAGAAUUUAAUGUAAGUUCAUGGAAUAUUCACACUCUAGCAGCCUGAGCUAUUAGCACAGUACAAUUGCAUGGCCAUCUUAUUAAACUGACAAAAAUUUACAAAUUUGCUCUGUUAUUAACACUUGUUUAUUGGUCCAUUUGCAUUCCGAUUAUAUUAACCCAUCAGGCAGAAUGCAUUGAUAUGUAUUGGAAGUUGUGUUUAAGAUAGAAAGCCCAGGAGCAACCUCUUACCUGGGCCUAUAAUUAGCUGCUGUUAGCUCUUUCUACUUGGCAAUACACUUUAGGCACUCUAGGAAUGACACAGACAUCCCCAGCUAGAAUUCACCUGCAUAUAAAUGGCAAUUGCUUCACACAUAAAUUACGAAUGCUUUCCCACAAAGAGCCUAAUAAAAUUUGGUUUUUCUAGAGGGUUUAAUCAUUUCAGCCUGAUAUGGGCGAAAUCAUUUGCCUACACAGAGAAACAUCUCAAUUUUUGUGUCUUGGCUUCAAGGUGAUUGAAUGAUUACUGCAUGUUCUUUACCACCCACGUCUUUUUAAUAAUUCGUGAAAUGUUUUUUGCUUCAAGUUCUAUCUGGAUUUGCAGUAUGCUGGACGUAUCUAUGGUCUCAGUAUUGGGCCAGCACUCUUUUUUUGCCUUCAGCCUUUGCCUACAAUCUAAAGCCACUCAGUACUGAAUAAGAAUCAAAUAUCCACAUAGAAAGAAAAUGACACGCCUCUUUUCUUUAGAACACUGCACUUUAAAACUUGGAAGCAGCACUCCAAAAGGACACAUCUGUGUGAACAUUUCAUUUUAUGGCCUGCUGUUGCAGGGCUCUGGCCAUGGUGGCUGAAGCGAAACCUGAAAAAAAAGAAGAAAAAGCACAUCACUGGCAUGCUGCCUCUAGUUUGGCCACUGUCUUCUCUUUCUCUUUUUAAAAACUGGACCAGCUCCUAACACCAACAGUGAAGCCAAUGUCGCAAAAGCAGUUAUCUGCAAUAUUAUAUCCACACUAUUUGGUAAAUACAAGACUGUAAAGCACAUGGGUGACAUCUGAGGGAUGAGAUGACUUUCUUUGUACCUGAAGCAGAACACAGACUAUGUGUGGGGUGGGGAAUGUCCUGAGCCCUUCUGGCAUUCUGUGCAAUAGCUUUGCUAUGCAGACUGGCAAGCACAGGUCUGAUCCCCCCCUUGGUGGAGGAAGAAGACCAGGAAUAAACGUAGCAUCUUGGAUUCUGCUAUUCUGAAGCUGUUUUGAACACCCCAUAACCCAUCAUGACCAUCUCCAUUUGCUCUUUCCCACCAUGACCACCUCCCUGUGGUUAUAAAUUUUGUAUAGUUCUAAAGUGAAGUCUGGGGUUUUUUUGGGAGAGAAAGAAACAUAUUUAUUAACCUAAGUCUUUGGGAAAAUAAACAAGAAAACCUAGCAGGUUUCUUGGUAUAUGCCUCCUGUGUGCUGGCAUGAGUUGUAUGUAAAAAUAAAAAAUAAAAAAGUUCUAUGUAAAAUAAACAUGAAAAAAUA